AUGAUAGAAACUGGUGAUCAUCAACUACCUACGCCACGGUGGCACAGCCAUCGCUGCCGCAUCGUUGGAGGAACGAUUCUCGGCUUCUUAUUGCUCCUAUUCUUAAUCAUUCUUAUUCUAGCAUUGUCAGUGUUCAAGGCUAGAGCAGUUCAUGUCCAUCUUCUCUCGGCUUCCCUCGGCAGCGUCUCCCCUCGUAUCUCUUCUUUCCCAAUUUUCAACGUUGUACUCAAUCUCACCCUUAAUCUCACGCUUCUUGUCGACAACCCAAAUUACGCCAGCUUCAGGCAUGGCCCUGGAAAGAGUUUGCUUCUGUACCAAGGCAGCCAGAUGGGAGAAGCCAACAUAGACCCUGGUUUGAUACCCAGCAUGGGGGAUGUGACGAUUCCUUGCAGGCUUACUGUAGAAGGGAAUGAGUUAUCAUCAAACCUUAAAAGCUUGCUCAAUGAUAUAUUGGCUGGACAGCUUGUAAUGGAAACACGAACAACGAUUCCUGGUCGAAUUACUUUUCUGGGGAUAUUCAAGAAGCAUGCCGUCGCUAAUUCUGCAUGUAAGUUUACUUUUGUUUUUCCUGACGCGAAGAUUCAAAGACGGGAGUGCAAGAAUAAGGCCGAGUAA